CAUGGUGCAUUUAAAAAAACAUUAGAGGGGUAAGACAUAUGACCAAGAUGUGAAUAACGGUCAUAUUUGUGACAUAACAUUCCAUUCUAUUCUAAAACUCGCGUGUUGGUCACACGAUUUUCGUAUGUUUUUCAUACACGGUUUGAUUUAACAAAAAUCCAGUAGUUACCAAGUGUCUAGACAUUACCACUUUUCUUCCCAACGGAGGAGAAUUAAGCACGCAGCUUGCUAAGAAAAAGGAAGAAGCGCCCGCUUUGAUGGAUGAUGAGGGUCCAAAUGCAAAUCUCAACAAGGAAGAAAACAACGGAGCUACUGGUUUCACUCUUUUGGUCGUGCUAGGACUUUUCUUAGUCAUUCAGUUCAUGGUAUUCAUUCUGUUUGCAUGUAAAGGGUGGUCUGUCGUGUUUGGGUAUCGACCAGUAACGGAGGAACCUGAUUUGCCCUGGCGUUACCAAUUUCCAUUCUUGCCCUCUUAUGAUAUGGCGGUGAAUGAAAUGCAUGCAACUCCACAGAGCAUCGACGCCGUGCAAGACAAUCCACGAGAUGAUUUUAGAGAAGGAGUUGUCGGAGUGUGAACGCUCAACGACGAAGCAACGUAGUCUAUGAUGGAGUUUUACAACCAUCAGUUCUUGGGCAGUUUCCAGUGUGACUAUGUCCCUUAAAAAACGAACAUCAUAAAGUCAAGCGAACCAACAUUGUGGAGGAAAAACAUACCAUGUAAACAUACCAUUAAAGAACUCAUAUAAAGACAAUGAAGUCUAAUUAAAAUAGGUCUGACAAGCGUUCAUAUCAAGUAUAAGGAUUGUAAGAUGGUCAGAAAAUUCACAUUGGAGUAGGCAUAAGACUAAGAAAGUUCUUAUCUUAUCUUAUCUCAUCUGUCGUAGAGAACCACACGCUUUAGCUUCAACCGAAAGGUUACCUCCUUCUCGACAAAAUUGUCGUUUGGUUUUUCGCGCCAAAUUUGCACACUAUUUCAUCGAAAACUGUUUCUACACGAUCAGUCAUAGUUCCUUUAAGUUUGACAUGGACUUCAUCA